AUGUUUCCUGAUAUAACUGCCUGGUUGCUCGAAAAAUUAACGUUACGCUGCAGCUUUAUAUCCUCGCUGGUAUAAGGGUAACGUCUGCAAACCCAAAUAUAUGAGUCAGAGUCCCGCGUCGAUCUCACAGUGAAAUCGCGUUAAGCUCAGAGUAGUGUGUAUGUACAAAUACCGUACAUCUUGUUAUAAAUAUAUACGAUACAAUCUUAUAAGAGUAUCACGCCAUUAUACGCGUCAAGGUGUAGCGUCAGCGUGUGCAAACCCGGCGUAGCCAAAAGAAAAAAGGCAGAGCGAACUGUGUUCUUCACACGACGUAUACCUAAAAUUACAGGGUUUACAGAGUCAGAAAAUUGGGCUGUUUUGACGUUUGUUCAGUGCAAGUUUAUAUAGAACAAGAAAACAAGGACUUGUAAACGGCAAAUCGCUUUAUUCUGUAAUUUUCAGUUAUCCGACCGAUUGCUUCAAUGUGUUCAAAAAUGAAUAUCGAAUCACCUCUGCUCGUCUUGAGCGCUUACCGUGAUCAGUAUUUUAAGGGUUCUCAAAGUAAACAAGACGAAUUGCUCAAAACCUCUACUACGUUGUACGUCGGAAAUCUGUCGUUUUAUACGACAGAGCAACAGGUGUACGAAGUAUUUUCGAAAUGUGGAGACAUCAAGAGAAUCAUCAUGGGUCUGGACAAGUACAAGAAAACUCCAUGUGGUUUUUGCUUUGUAGAAUAUUAUUCAAGGGCCGAUGCUGAACGGUGUAUGCGUUAUAUACAUGGAACGCGACUGGAUGACAGAAUAAUAAGAAUAGACUGGGAUGCUGGCUUUGUUGAUGGCCGACAGUACGGACGUGGCCAAACUGGUGGACAAUUUAGAGAUGAAUAUCGAACAGACUUUGACAGUGGCCGAGGGGGCUUCGGUAAGGUUAUCCAGAAGAAAUUAGAUGAAUUGAAGGACCGGGGAGAAGAUGAGAUGCAAGUAACCAACAAUAACGAAGAAGCAUGAUACUAUUUAACGAAAACACUUUGUAGAAACAUUUCUUGAACUUGAUCAAUUACAUUCACAUUUAAGUUGUGAAUUAUUUAAAAUUAUACAUCCUGAUAUAGAUACUGUUUAUUCUGUAAUUAGAUUUUUAGUCUUUAUAUAUCAUUGUGUAGAAUAGAAAAUAAAAUAAUUUUUAAGGAACGAGACUUAA